AGAGAGAGAGAGAGAGAGAGAGAGAGAGAGAGAGAGAGAGAAUAACAGAGAGAGAGAAUAACAGAGAGAGAGAGAGACAGAGAGAGAGAGAGAGAGAGAGAGAGAGAGAGAGAGAGAGAGAGAGAAUAACAGAGAGAGAGAGAGAGAGAGAGAGAGAGAGAGAGAGAGAGAGAGAGAGAGAGAAUAACAGAGAGAGAGAGAGAGAGAGAGAGAGAGAGAGAGAGAUGGGAGACCGACGCAUUUCUCCGGUAAAGAACUUCGUGGCCGGUGGAUUCGGUGGCGCGUGUCUUCUGUUCACCGGACAUCCGCUCGAUACCAUCAAGGUUAUCCUUCAGACGCAGCCCAAAGCUUCACGUUCUCAGGAUGUUCUGUACACAGGAACACUCGACUGCUUCCGGAAAACUUUGUCCAGAGAGGGAGUGUGGGGUCUGUAUAAAGGGAUGGGAGCGCCGCUGGCCGGAGUGGCUCCGAUGAUGGCCAUCAGCUUCUUUGGAUUUGGACUCGGGAAGCAGCUGCUCCAAAGCGACCCGUCCGUCCCAAUCACACCCACACACACCUUCAUGGCUGGAAUGUUAGCCGGAGGUUUCACUACAGUCAUAGUAGCUCCAGGAGAGAGGAUCAAGUGUCUGCUACAGGUGCAGUCCAUUAGCGGUCAGCUACAAUAUUCCGGACCAAUAGACUGUGCAGUGAAACUGUAUAAACAGCAGGGAAUCUGCAGUGUGUAUAAGGGAACUGUCCUCACUCUUAUCAGAGAUGUUCCUUCUACUGGUCUUUACUAUUUAACAUAUGAAAGCCUCAAACACAUCCUCACUCCUGAGGGCCAGAGUGUGGACUGCCUCAGCACUUUGAGGAUUCUUCUGGCUGGAGGAACUGCUGGAAUCGUGAACUGGGCCGUCGCUCUUCCACCUGAUGUCCUCAAGUCCAAAUUUCAGACAGCUGCUGAUGGACGUUACUCAGGUUUAGCGGAUGUUUUGCGAACGCUGCUGAGAGAAGAAGGAGCUCGAGCUCUGUAUAAAGGCCUGAGUGCCGUCAUGCUGAGAGCGUUUCCUGCUAAUGCGGCGUGUUUUUUGGGCUUUGAAGUGGCUCUGAAGUCUUUAAACUGGCUCAUUCCUACCUGGUGACCUCUACAUGACCCCACACUCAGGAGGAAAUCCCACCUUGCUCAGAAGCGAUCAAAGCUGGAUUUAUUUCUACAUUUUAAAGGGAAAAUUUCUCUUUAAACCUGGAACUCAUAAUUCACCUUCUGCUCUGUCAGUAAGAGUUUAUAGUAAUAAAUUAUUUAUUUUUCAUUUAA